CACUUCGACGUAUCGACGAGUUAUUCUACGCAAGGAAUCCAGCGCAACCACAAUGCAUACCAGCGCGAAUAUGUUUACGUUCUCGUUUCUGAUAACUGGAUUUAUCGUAGUGACAGGCCAUAAUAUACCACCGUAUCUAAAGAUAUGCCACCGCAAUGAUCCGAAUCUGAACGAAUGCGUAAAGCGAAGCAUCGACUUGUUAAGGCCUUAUCUGAAGACGGGCAUUCCAGCAUUGCAAAUACCACCUUGUGAGCCACUUCGCGUGCCACGGAUUGAAAUUAGCCAGUCAGCUGGUCCAGUUUCCAUUAGAUCGACGUAUACCGACAUCAAGGUUCAAGGUGGAACAAGUUUCAUAUUAAAGACCAUCAAAGUCGACGUUGAUAACAAUCGCAUUAAGUUGAAACUAUAUCUUCCACGUCUUGAGAUGGACGCGCGUUACAACAUAGAAGGACGUAUUUUGAUGCUUCCUAUAAAUGGAAACGGAUUGGCACGUGGCAAUUUUACGGAUAUCGACGUUAUAGCUACUGUCCAAGGUGAACGUUAUCAGUCUCAAAAAACUGGUGAGACUCACUUUCGCGUUACCGACCUGUACAUAGAUUACAACAUCAAACAAGCCAAUAUCCAUCUAGACAAUUUGUUCAAUGGCGAUAGUAUCCUAUCGAAUGCCAUGAACCUCUUUUUAAACGACAAUUGGGAUACUGUGAAGGCCGAGAUUAAGCCAACUCUCGACCCUACCAUUUCGGAGAUCUUCAAAACAUUCGCGAAUAAGAUUUACUCGAAAUUUCCAUUGGACACAUUGCUACCACCUUAAAUACAUUGUCGUUCUGCAUUCAUUCUCUAAGCACGUAGAUAGAUUUUAAAAAUAAAAGUUUAUUAUUAAAUAAAUCAACGUAUUUGUCACUUUCAUUAUCCAUUUUAGUUCUUUAUUUCUGUUAGGAAUUAAUUAUUUAAUUUGCAAAUAGACUUAUUUAAUUUACCUCUUUUCAUUAUUCUUAUUCAAAAUAAUAAGCAAGCUUUUUAACGUAUAUAUAAUAAAUAAUUUACUCUUUCAUAACGAUGUCGUAGGAAUUAUGUAGAGACUGAAUAUGCAAUUCUAACUGGAUGCAUAAUUUCAGCCUUUUAAACCGGGAAUGUAGUUUAUAUAAUCUUGCUCAACUAGAAGCGUAAGUCGAUAACGUCUCCUUAAUUUGUGCGAGCAAACAGCGUCAGCAUUUUAAUUGCUGUUCUACAUAUGGGCAAUAAAGCAUUAAAAUGUGACAUUCCGAAUAUUCAAUUGCAUUUAACUUUAUGUACCAGGCACUACUGUUGAAAAUAAUACAAUAAAAAUGAUCCAUUAUUAAAUAAUACUAAAAAGUCAAUAGUUAUAUAAGAGAAAAAAUUCUUUUGUAGUAUCAAGUCGUUUAAAAAUCGGAAAGUUAAUAAUGUACUCGUAUUAUGUUUACAUUCCUAUCUUGUUUAAAUAAUUUAAUGUUUUCAACACAUACACACAUAAUGGUUAUUAAAAUAUAC